AUGAAGAAAGAACGAUUGACAGCAUGGAGUCAAAUCAACUCAUCAGAAGUGGAACGUCCCCGUGGGUGGGCGGCACGGUCGGUGCUCGAGCUGGGAGCGACGAGAUCUGCACACGGCAGGCAACUGUCUUGUAGAGCUCAUCAUCCAUCCUACCCAUCGCCUUAUUAUAGAGAUUCAUACACAAUGUUAGACGUGACAUUUGUUCCAGAAGUAUCCAUUGUUGGAGCAGAUGCAAGUUCUCUUGCGAGUCUGGAAGAAGGUUCCAGUGCAUUGACCCUUGAAUGCAGAGCUGAUGGGAAUCCUAGUCCUUACGUAUGGUGGACUAGAGAUGGACAAGUUAUCGCCACUAAUGGGGCCAAGCUUAUAAGAGCUCCAAUAACUAGGAAUGAUUCAGGUAUAUAUGGAUGUCAAGCAAGAAAUUCACUGGGAACAUCGGAUUCUGUUAAAAUAGAAGUUGACGUUAAAUUUCCUCCAAGGGUGACGUGGGUUGGACCAGACACAGUCGUGGAAGCAAAUCUAUUUUCGGAAGUUACAUUGGAGUGUAAAGCGGAAGGAAACCCGUCACCGUCUUACCAAUGGUACCAUAAUCCUAACUUAUCAUCAAUGAGCGGCCAUCUCGAUGAUGGGUACCCAAUAUCGUCGACCCCCCAACUAUUGCUUCACAACGUGUCGUACACUCAGCAUGGUCGUUACACGUGUAUCGCUACCAACCACAUCGGACUUGAAGAAAGGAGCCACCAGUCGGAAGCCGUCACCCUCAACGUGUUGGGCCCACCUGUGGGUGCAGACACUAGUGCGGCGCACGCUUGGAGCGGUGCUGAGGGUCGUGUACAAGCGUCCGUCUGUGCUGACCCGCCUCCUCGCCGCGCUGCAUGGCUCUGGGGCAGCUUGAGGCUCGAUGUUCCCUCACAUAUUGGUCGUUACAAAACUCUGGAGCCUACGAACAUCAAUGGCUGCUAUCGCUACACGCUGCUGAUCACGUACGAGUACGAGUAUGUCGGACGCACGUGUUUAUGUGCUACACGUUGAAAAUGAACGUGGAUUCUCCUCUCAUUCGGUUGCUCUUACCGUGCAUGAGAAUUUUUCGCUAACAGAGACAGCACACGUGGCGCCGUUAAUCGCUGCUGCGCUGCUCGU